UUUAGCAGUAGAUGUAGACUAGAGCUCAGACGGGGGAAAAAAAUAUCCAGUGCAAUGUCCCUUUAAAACUUCUGACAAAAGCCCAUAUGAUCCCUGAGCUCCAAUCACCAAUUCCUACUGCAAAAGCAGCCUCUGCAUUUUUGUCUGCCUGAAUGCUGCUAGCACGGCGAAAAAAACAGCGAGGGGAAGGAAAACUGAAGAAAUGUGAAAAUCCAACGUACUAUUAGAUGGCGAGCGGAAGUCCUGCGCAAACGGAGUUAUUCGCAGACUCCUUCGAUGCUACAGACCUCGGAUCAAAAUGUGGAGAGGAGUGCUGCUGAGUUCUUUCUGCUGGAGGAUGCAGCGCUGCACUUCCCUCAUUUAAUGGACAGGCAUCUCUACCAGCCUCAGGUUUCCUCCCACAAGGACGUGCUGGGUGACCACAUCCCCUACUUCCAGGCCCUCAUCUUCCAGAGUCGACCGCUGCACUGCAUAAACCUGGCCUUUCAGUUGCUAAGUAUCCAAAUCCUGAACAUCAUCUGUAUCUCCAUCUUCGAAGUCCUACAAGUUUCACUUGUGCUCCAGAUGAGUUCCUGCCACAAGCUACUUGGGUCCAAUGAGAUGGCAGACACGGAAGGGCAGGGUACUGCCUCGUCCAAUCAGAUGUACAAGAUGAAGGAGCUUGAGAAGAUGUACACACAGCAAGGAAAUGGUACAUUCUCAUUGCUUGACAGUAGGGUCAGUAGGGAAGUCACGCAGACACAUUCAUCUAGCAUCCACUCCAGCCCUCAAGCCAAACACUUCUACAAAAAAGAUGACAGUGGAGGGGGAGUGGCUAGUGGAGGAGGGCGGGGGUUAUGCACAAUGGAGGGAGGACCCAGUCUAAAUGAAGCGGGAUCCCGGGAUAGUUCGGUCUCCUUUAACAGAGAGCAGAUUAUCGUGGAGGUCAACCUCAAUAACCAGACUUUGAAUGUUUCUAAAGGGUCCGAUGGCAAGGGUGUCACUUCAAGUACCUCAUCCCUUCUCAUUCACCGUCACGCCAAUCUUUCCACUGCGGUGGAGGGUAAGGAGCAAGACGAUAAUGAAGAUGUUGGCGAGGAUGAAGAAGAAGAGUAUGAACACAGAAAGGAAGGGAUGGAAAAUUGCAGUGAUGAGGACGAUGAAGAUGAAGAAGAGAAUGAUCUCAACAUUCCAGAAACAGGAUGCACUAGCGUGGAAAGAUGCUGUGCCUUGAGAAUACCAACAGACGCCAUCGGCAUGAGACAGACGCUAAUUGACUCUACACUAGGGGAGGGGAGGAAGAGAAGGAAAGAGCAGGAGAGUCUGGGGCAGAAGGUGAAGCUAGAAGAAAAGCAGCACUUUUCUUGCAAGAAAUGCCCUCGUAUUUUUAACAACCGCUGGUACUUGGAGAAGCACAUGAACGUCACCCACAACCGCAUGCAGAUCUGCAAUAAAUGCGGCAAGCGCUUUUUACUGGAGAGCGAGUUGCUGCUUCACCAUCAGACAAACUGUGAGAAAAACAUACAGUGCGUGACUUGUGGAAAAGCCUUUAAAAAGCUGUGGUCUUUACACGAACACAACAAGAUUGUCCACGGAUAUGCAGAGAAGAAGUUCUCUUGUGAAAUCUGUGAAAAGAAGUUCUACACCAUGGCACAUGUCCGGAAACACAUGGUUGCUCACACUAAGGACAUGCCGUUCACUUGUGAAACGUGUGGGAAAUCCUUCAAACGCAGCAUGUCUCUUAAAGUGCACUCUCUUCAGCACUCUGGAGAAAAGCCCUUCAAGUGUGAGAACUGCAGUGAGAGAUUCCAGUACAAAUACCAGCUGAGGUCACACAUGAGCAUCCAUAUCGGACACAAGCAGUUCAUGUGCCAGUGGUGUGGGAAAGACUUCAAUAUGAAGCAGUACUUCGAUGAACACAUGAAGACCCACACUGGAGAGAAACCAUAUAUCUGUGAGAUCUGUGGAAAGAGCUUUACGAGCCGGCCCAACAUGAAACGGCACCGCCGCACUCACACUGGCGAGAAGCCGUACCCCUGUGACGUGUGCGGACAGCGUUUCCGCUUCUCCAACAUGCUCAAAGCCCACAAGGAGAAGUGCUUCCAGGUCAGCAACCCCAUGGUAUCUGAUACCACCAACCUUGUGGACCUGGACCCUACGUCAACUGAUAUGGACACCCCAGCCAAUCAGUUAACCAGCCACCCUGUAACUCCUCCCGGUGAGGCGUCCAGUCUCCACCAGGUCAAGUCGCUCUCGCUACCCUUCAUCCACUCUAUUGUAGGUCUUCCAUCUCCCCCGGGCCUGUUUUCCACUGAAAGGGUUAACUCCGGUAACAACUAGUUUUGAAUAUAAGGUUGAGGUUAUCUUGAUUUGUUUCUUUUCUGAAACCCAAAGCUAGCAGUAGCUCCCCAUGAGCUUUUUGAUUCACAUCCAAUGUCAAUCACUCUCAUUGGGGUUUCCAAACACGCUGAGUGAGGUCUAAGACUUCCAGCGGGUGUUUGAACAGUGUGUGACACUGAAUAUUCCUUUUAAACUGUGCAAAUUUUCACUUAUCUUAUUCUCAUAGAGAUAUUUUAUAUACUGUUCAAAUAAGCUUCUCGUAUUACAGAAAUACAACAAAUGUUCUCAUUAUUUUUGUUGUUGUUUAAUGCAUUUUUCGUGAGCUGCAGGAUUAGAAUUUAGUAUCGCAUUUCACAUGCUCUUGCCGUAGACUUUAAUGCUUUGCCGGUUAUAUAUAACAGGUUGAGGUUCUCAUUAGCUGCUGUAUGAAAUAUAGAUGCAUACUGAACUCACAGCAGAGGGCGCUGUGGGACAUGAGCGUUGCGAAGUUUCGGAGCAGCUCUUCAGCCAAUAAAAGGUGUAGCAGCUGUGUCCCCCUGCCAUAACCAAAUCCAGAUGUAUUCCAGUAACCAAAUCCUGUUAGCUUAUAUGUUAUUACUGAAUAUGAAAUGUAUAAUCACUACAGCACCUUAUUUUUAAUCAUAGAAGUAUUUAUAUUGUCCUGUCUUCUUCGUAUCCUGAAAGAUGAAAGUUUUGCCACAUGGACUCUUCUGCAUAUUUGCAGAGGUUUGUUUUUUGAAGCGUCUGUGCAGGGCACAGGUGGGACGAAUGGUUUUUGUCAAAGGAAAUAUGUAGCAAAGGCACUUCAGAAUAAUCAAUGUUUGAGGCUUGCUUAAAGGAGUAAUUCACCCCAAAAUGAAAAUUUGCUGAGAAUUUACUCACAAUCAGGCCAUCCAAGACGUAGAUGAUUUGGUUUUGUAAAUUUAGCUUUACAUCACUUGCUCACCAGUGGGUUCUCUGCAGUGAAUGGGUGCCGUCAAUCCAAACAGAUGGUUAAAAACAUCAUAGUAAUCCACAUGAUUGCAGUCUAUCAAUUAACACUUUCUGAAAUGAAAACCCUGUGUUUGUGAGAAAUAAAUCCAUCAAUAAGGCCUUUUUACUUUAAAUUGUUGCUUCUUGCCAAAAUAUGGACUGGCUUCUUGCCAUAAUAAUAUCCAUAAUAAUACUUCCCCCAGUGAAAAAGUCCAUCCCGUGUUGUCCUCACACACUAAAUCCAACAACAUAUUUAUUUAGAGCUUUUUAUUUGAUCUGUGCUUAUUUCUCUCCUGAUUCAGGCGAGAUGGGUUUUUUUCCACUGGAGACAUUAAUAUUAAGAAUAGAGGACUCAUAUUUUAGCCCCAAAAACUGUUUGAAGUUAAAAAUGUCUUGAUGAAUUUGUUUCUUACAACCAUGCAGUUUUUUGCUUUACAAGACAUUUUUAUCAAUUGUUUCUCAUUCUGACGGCACCCAUUCACUUCAGAGGAUCCACUGGUGAGCAAGUGACGAAGUGCAAAAUUUCUUAAAAUCUGUUCAGAUGAAGAAACAAAC